CGGAUGUUAGCUCAGGGCCAGUCUUCCUCAGCAAAAAGAGGAGGAUUGGCAGUAGUUGGCUCAGGGCUAAUCUUCCUCAAAAAAAGGCGGCGAGUUCUACUCCAGCCAACGUGAGGAUUAUAACCCGGGGAGGUCUUUUCCAGAAAGGAAGAAAGCGUUCCAGAGAAGCAUGGUUUCCAGGACUGUCUAAUACCUUUUUUAGAACAAAGAACAUACAUUAAACACACCCAGGAUACUAUUCAUCAAAGUUCAGAGAGGUAUUCAGUUGCAAAUGAGCAGGUCAGCGCCACCUUGAUGCUGGGAAAGGGACUAAUAUGGGAGGGGAUGCACACAUUCCCAUCUCAAGAGAGUGCGUUCUUCACUUUAAUGGUUAGAGCAGAGGUACAGUGUGUGUUGGACAGGGCGUAAGUCAGGCUUCUUUAGUUCAAGCCGCAUCAGUUUGGAACCGAACAGUCCCCCCAUAUACCUCACUACGUGAAAGCCUCUUGUCACAGGGCUGACUUGAGUCUGAGGAACAGGGGGUCGGUGGUCAGCCUCUCCCUGGCAGGAUUCCUUGUGGUCCCAUAUUCUAACCCAGGAACCGCACAUCAACAAGAGGCCUCAGGAGAGCAGAACAGAGGCCCUUAGCCACGCCGUCUGCAGAACCUGCUCUCCCACCCUGCUCUGUGUCCCAUCCCAGAUUGAGCUGACCUUUAGGAACAGUGGGGGCAAAGGUGACACGCCAGGACCGCUAGGCACGUACAGACCAGGACCGCUAGGCAUGUACAGACCUGCAUUGUGAGAUAGGGAGUGUGGGCCUGGGGGCAGGGGGUCUGGUGACAGAGCCAAUAGGCCAGGCAGGCAGGGCUGGAUGCCACCCAGGGCCCUGUCCCAGCUUCCCAAGCCUUGGGCCUCGAGGCUGCAGAGCCUCCGUCCACAGUUGUCAGCCUGGAGAACAGCCGAGAAGCCCUCAGAAGCUGGCCCUGUGCCAGCGACACUGAGGCGAGGGAUCCGGGGGCAGCCCGCAGCCAGGUUUCAGGACUUUCUAAAGCUCCCAGGUGACUCUGGCUGGCAGUCAGGGUUGAGAACUGCUGGCCUCAAGCACUGUCAGGAGGGAAGGUCAGGAGAAACCCCAGGACGUGCUUGAAAAGCCUCUGCUUCCCCCGGGGGCCCAGCGCCUGGCUGGAUUCCUGGCCAGACAAGCGUCCGGGCUGCUCUGGCCUGGUGCCCUCAGGUCUGGGCUUCACAUGGCCAUUAAAGGCUUGGCAAGUUCAGCUCGUCCGGUUGCUGUGCUCUCCCACUCAGCCAGCAUCACAUGACCCACCAGUGUGUCAACAAGUGCGAGGCCCAGUUCUCGGGCUACAAGGGACACACUCGAAGCUCUGUGCUGCGUGAGUCUGGGGAGGGCCACCAGCCUGGCCCACAUGACAGUAACACACGUUGUUAAUCGGCAGCUUAGGGCCAAUCGGCAUCAGCCUCACCUGGGAACUUGUUGGACAUGCCGGUUCUCGGGCCCCGCCUCCUGAGUCAGGAACUCUCAGGUCGGGGCCAGUGAUGUGUUUAAUGGACCCAGGGUGAUGCUGAGGCCACCAAGGUGGGAGAAGGCUGUGCUGCAACCUCAAGGCUCUUUCCUUGCCACCUUCCCAUGCCCUCAGGGAAUGUUUACUGAGAGCCAACAGCUGCAACACCAGGCUCCGAGGAGCUGGGAGGGAGGAGUCGAGCUGUGAGACCUCGGAAAUCAAACUCCGGGCCUCCGGUUACAAGGGGCCAAACACGGGGGUGGCGCCACCCUCCGCUGAGUGGUUGUGAGGAUUAAAUGAGUAAUUACUUAUAAAGUGAUGGAAGGGCACCUUGCCCAUCCUAGGAGUCCAGGUCUUCCUACAAUGUGGUCGGCGGCCUGAAGGAGCAACGUGGGAGAGAUGGGAAGUGGACCCCGGGCUCCCCGGGGCCCUGACUGCCCCGCAAACCACCCAGCGGCUCAGAAGUGAGCCAUCCCCUUUGGCAGGCGGGUUUCCUGGGGCCUUGGAGGAAGGGAGGAUCCAGACAGGAGACAAAGGCAGAGGGAACAGCCUGCGCAAAGGUGUGGAGAUGGGCCCGUGUGGAGCUGGGCCGGGGAAACUGGGAAUCGGGGCCUCUAGACGGGGCUGCGGGGCACGCGAGGAUGGUUGGAGUGACGACGGAACCAGCCCACCGAUGGCACAUGCCAGGGGCUUGGAUGAUUUUUUGUGGGUGAUGGGGAGCCAGGGGACUGUGAAAUGAGGAGCCCGCUCUGCCAGCAGUGAAGAAGCCGCCCUGAGACAGGGGGACACCUGGGGGGUUAUUGCGAUAACUGGAGUGAGGGCUCUCCAGGUGCACGAGCCCACUGCAGAGCGAGGAGGGCAGGAGUCCCCAUCAGUCUCAGGGGUCCCUGGAUUUGCCCUGCCGGGCCCUGAGAGGGCUCCCAGCUUCAGAACCUCACAGCCACGUGGGCCCAGAAAACCCAGCCCAGACUCCCACCAGGUGGGACCCUCCCAGGAACAUGACAUGAGGGAAACAAGCAGAUGCCGGUAAGGCCAUUUACAUGGAGGAGACUGGCCCUCUGUAGGCAAAAUUCCCAGAGCAUCAGUCCACAGAGGGUGACUGGAGAGCUCUGAGGACGCCCCAGCUCCACUGAGUCGAGGUGGCCUGGAGUGACCUGGUGUGUCCUAGUCAGUCUUGUCCUACCUGAAGCCUGUGGAGAGGAGAGACAGGACAUCUCAGAGAACAAGCCCCCUCCAGAAAUGACACCUCAGUCUAAUGGGCACACAGCGAGGGGUGCCCGGGCCGGGGCAGGAAAGAUGCCCCCCGGCCCCCCCAAGGCCUGGGGAAAUGUCCCUCGAGUCCGCCCGCCGCUCCUCUUACUCUGGCUCCCCACAAACACCGAGACUAACAGGAGGCUUCUCGUGAGUCCGGUCCCCUGAGCACAGCGGAGGAAAAUGGGCGAGCUUCUGGGCCUUCAGGCAACAGGGUGCCAGCAGCUGAGACCCUGGCAGCCAGCCCGCCUCCCCGGUGACCCCUCUGUCCCCUUCAAUCCUCAAUUCCUCCCCCGGGCCUCCUUCAGCAGAAGUGAAAGCUGACUUUUUGGAAGGGAAUUUUGCUAGGAAACUAAGAAAAUGCUUCCGCUUCCCAAAUGCAGAGAGGUAGGUGGGUCCAGAGGGCACAGCCCCAGGGGUCCGAGUCAGGACUGUGGGUGGCAAGUGACAGAUGCUGCCUCUUGCCCACCCAGGAGAAAGGGGACCACUGAGGUAGCCAACACAGCAGGUGCCCCCAGAAGGACCAAGGGGACCCCCAGGACAGGACUGUAAUUGGCCUUCCUUGGGUGAGAUGCCCACUCCUGGACCGUGCCAGGGGUGGGCAUGUGGCUCACCUGCCAGGCUCUGAAGGGGACAGCAGCCCUCAGUGGAAACAAAUGAUUCCCUGCGGGUGGGACACCUUCCCUGGGGAAGGCAGCCAAACGAGUUUUCCCUGCACAGACUGAGUGGACUUGGCCAGAAAGGGGCUGGCUGGUCCUGGUCCCCCCUCACCUGCUCCGUCUGUUGUCUCUGUGCUCCAGGCUGCUGGAGCCCCCAACGCUGAGGGUCCAGCCCUGGUCUGGCCUCAGAGCACUGGGGGAUUUUCCUGUUCCGAGAGGCCCUGCUCACCUCCACCCUUCUCUCCAGAUCCAAGGACCUCUGCUACAGGCUGCUGACGAGGCCAGGCUCCAUCUGUGAGGUGGCUUGGCCUCCUCUUGGUCCAGCUGGCGUUGGGUCCAGGUCCCUGGGGAAUGACCCCCUGUCUGUGGGGCAUGAGGAAGGGCUCCUCUGCCCUCUGAGCUUCAGGGCAGGAUUUACACAGCACUUGCCAAACCAGUCACAUUCCUGGGUGACCAGGGGCCUCUUCCAGUCUGAGGUUUCCUUUGGGGGCUGAGCCCAGCGUCGGCCACCUAGCAGAUGCCCAGCACGUGGUCACGAAUGAACCAGGGUGAGAUGGGCGGAAGCCGCCUCCCCUCCUGCUUCUCUGACAGGGGUCCAGCCCACCAGUUCUCCCGCCCGUAAGUCAGCCUCCCAGGGGAGCUGCAGAAGGACCCUCGUGAUUACAUCAGGCUCACCCCGAUAAUCCAGGAUGAUCCCUUCAUCUCCAAAUCAGCAGAUCGGCAAGCUCAAUUCCCCCCGUCGGGCAACCUCACAUAUUCCGGGGUUAGGACGUGGACAUAUACCAACCGAGCAAGCCCGGGGUCCUACAGCUCAGCAGUGGCAGCUGAGUGUGAGCCCUGGUUUGGCUCCAAGCCCCAGACGCCUCCUAAUUCCCUGGGGGUGUGGGAGGGGUUUGCUGUUCUGGGUCCCGCCCUGGGGUGCUGUGGCCUCCAGGUUACCUCUCCACUGCAGGCACCACCCAGGGAGCACCCAGGAUGCCCUUCUGAGUCCAGGCAGAGGGCCCCACACUGGCAGAACCAUGAGGCUCCUUCUGCUCCUCUGCUUGGCUGCUCUAGUCACCAGCAGUUUCUCCGUGGACCCUGAGGGAGAUCCCGUGGCCCAGCUGCAGGCUAUCUUCACUCCACUGGACAGAGGAUCAGGACCCAGGGUAGAGAUUUCCUGCGGGGCGGCCUUGGGCAGCCCACCCAUCACCUACAGCCUGCUCAGAAAGGAUGGGCUCCUCUACACAAAGGAGAGCCACAACGAUGGGCGCCCUGCCAACUUCUCCCUCUCACUGAAUCAGACGUCGAGCUGGUUCUGGUGCCAAGCUGAAAAUGACCACGGUGUCCAGUUCAGCCCCCUCAGGCUCCUGCCGCCAGGUGAGAGGGCCCCUCAGCUUCCCGGGGGCAGCUGGCCCUUCUGGGUAGGGCAGUGGGAAGUGGAAGACCUCCGCCCGGCCACUGCCAAGAGCAGGGAUGGGCGUUGUGCAGCAGCCAGGCCUCCCCUGGCCCCAAAGGAAGCCCAGCCCAGCAGCCCCCACCCCCUCACAGGACAGCUACCCCAGGUACCCACCAUCGUGCUGGCUGGCAGCCUUGCCUCCAUUGCAGCUGUCACCGCCUCGAUGCUAGGCUGGACCCUGAUGCCCAGGUUGUGACCAGAAGAUGCAGGCUCUGCAGAGUCCCCCCAGGACAGCCAUGGUCCUUGCGCCCUACAGAAGGGCUCUAUUUGAAUAAAGAAAAAGUCUGCCAGCCCAGGUUCUUGGAGCCCUGGUGUUCUUCAGCAAACACACAAGGUGUUAGCUUGAGGAUUUUAGGAUGGGGUGGGGGCUGUAGAGGGAAGGCGAGGUCAUAGGAAGGAGGGGGCUCUGUGUGGGCCCCUGUCCUUGCCCCUCAGCUGCUUGCAGACCAUGAGGGUCUGGGGAGGGGGUGGGGGUAGACUGUGAAAAGCCCCACCUGCACCAACCCACUGAGGGCCACCUCCCCCUCCCCAACUCCUGCUCCCUCUUUCCUGGAGUGGCACCCCAUCUCCCGGUGGCCCAGGCCUCUGGCUCCACCCACUCAUCCCAUGGCUGUCCAGCUCACCUGGGAGGACUCUGGGCCCCACUUGGCCAGCACCGCCUCAUUAAUCCUCACCUGCCACUAGUAAAUGGCGUCUGGAACUCCUCCCUGCUGCGAAUCAGCCUGUGGCCCCCGGAGGACGCACUCCCCCUCCCCCAUACACAGAGCCUUCCCUGUUCAGAGGCUCUGAACCAUUUCGGGGAAAGAACCGGAUUAAAUUCUGCCCCCUGCCUAUCACUCUGGGAACGUCGUUUCUGUCUGUACACCAUCUUGGAGCCUGAAAAUCUGAAGACACACAGACUUGGGGCCUGGCCCAGCCCUGGAAGAAUUGGUGGUGGUGGUGGAGAGGGUCUCGACCCCAUACCAGGCUUAGCUCCAGAGAGGAGGAAAGAGUGACAGGCCAGGCAGGGAGAGGGUCUGGGCUGUGGCCGGGGGUUUUGAGUAGAAUGGAGAGGAGAGGACAGGGGGUGCUAAUAAGCCUGGGUCCUGGGCAGUGAGGACCAGACGGGCGUCUGGCCGGGCUUCCUGGAGGAGGGGGCGGGAGGGCUGGGGCAAAGGAUGGGUGGGGCAGAGGAGCGAGAACCCCGGGCGUCCCUCUCUUCCUGGGGACUCUCUGGCCCUUUUCUGGUCGCGCCGCAGGCCAGUAUGGAGGGGGACGAGACCCCAGCCGAAAGGGGGUCUAGACAAUGAGCACUCGGCGGCUGGACAGGUGUCCGCCGCUGGAAACGCAGGCCCUGCCGACGGGGCGCCCCGG